CUCCAAGACUCUCAAACACGGCACACCAGUUUUGCUGUCUCUGACUAGAUCGGGGGUCGGCAACCCGCGGCUCCGGAGUCACAUGUGGCUCUUUUACGUCUGUGCUGUGGCUCCCUGUUGCUUUGGGAAAUAAUUGGUUGACAGCUGGCUGACGUUAUUUUUGGUUUGCUGCUGGCGGCAAAUUUAAGUUUGGCGUUUUUCAUAAAUACAAGAAGGACUCAAAUAGACGUUGAGUAUUUUACUUAAAAGUAACCUUCAACCCAACGUCUUUUUUUCGGAGUUCAAAAUGUUUUUGUUGCAUGCAGAAAUGUAAUUUCGUUUUCUCUGCAGGAGUUCAUCAAUUUCAUAAAUGCAACACAUUAUAGUUUGUUUAUACAUAGCAUAAAGGCAAAACAAAACGUUGUAUGCAGUGUUAUUUCAUUUUAAAUGUCAAACGGGUUUUGCGGCUCCCAGUGUUUUCUUUUCUAUGGGAAACGGGUCCAAGUGGCUCUUUCAGUGGUAAAAGUUGCUGACCCCUGGACUAGAUACUUAAGAAGUGGAGCAAGAGAUUCAAUAGACCAUCUGUCCUUCACAGACUGUGGGGAGGGAUUCACUCGGUCCUUUGGCCAACUAGCAUGUCUGUCAUUUUACGCAGGGGAAAGGCUGUUCACCUGCUCAGACAGUGGGAAUGGAUUGACUCGGUUAUCUCGAUUGAAGGUACAUCAGCAAGUUCACACUGGGUAAGGCCAUUCACCUGUUCCGUGUGUGGGAAGGGAUUCAGUCAGUCUUCCCACCUGUGCACACACCAGUCAGUUCAUAACACACCAGGCAGAGGCUGGUCAUCUGCUGAACUUCUGGGAAAGGAUCCACUCAGUCAUCUGACCUAAUGGCUCAUCAGCGAGUUCACACUGGGGAUAAGCCAUUCACCUGCUCAGAUUGUGGGAAGAGAUUCAUUCAUUCAUCCAGCCUACAGAGACAUCAGCGAGUUCACACUGGGGAGAAGCCGUUCAUCUGCUCAGAAUGUGGGAAGGGAUUCACUGAUUCAUCCAGCCUACAGAGACAUCAGCGAGUUCACACUGGGGAGAAGCCGUUCACCUGCUCAGAAUGUGGGAAGAGAUUCACUCAGUCAUCCACCCUACAGAAUCACCAGCGAGUUCACACUGGGGAGAAGCCAUUCACCUGCACAAUCUGUGGGAAGAGAUUCACCCAGUCAUCCACCCUACUGAGUCACCAGCGUGUUCACACUGGAGAGAGGCCAUUCACCUGCUUAGACUGUGGGAAGAGAUUCACUCAUUCAUCCACCCUACUGAGUCACAAGCAAGUUCACACGGGGGAGAGGCCGUUUACCUGCUCAGAAUGUGGGAAGGGAUUCAUUGAUUCAUCCAGCCUACAGAGACACCAGCGAAUUCACACUGGGGAGAAGCCGUUCACCUGCUCAGAAUGUGGGAAGGGAUUCAUUGAUUCAUCCAGCCUACGGAGACAUCAGCGAGUUCACACUGGGGAGAGGCCAUUCACCUGCUCAGAAUGUGGGAAGGGAUUCAUUCAGUUAUUCCACCUACAGAAUCAUCAGCGAGUUCACACUAGUGUGAGGCCAUUCACCUGCACAAUCUGUGGGAAGAGAUUCACACAGUCAUCCACCCUACUGAGUCAUCAGCGAGUUCACACCGGAGAGAGGCCAUUCACCUGCUCAGACUGUGGGAAGAGAUUCACUCAUUCAUCCACCCUACUGAGUCACCAGCGAGUUCACACUGGGGAGAGGCCGUUCACCUGCUCAGAAUGUGGGAAGGGAUUCAUUGAUUCAUCCAGCCUACAGAGACAUCAGCGAGUUCACACUGGGGAGAGGCCAUUCACCUGCUCAGAAUGUGGGAAGGGAUUCACUCAGUUAUCCAACCUACUGAGUCAUCAGCGAGUUCACACUGGAGAGAGGCCAUUCGCCUGCUCAGACUGUGGGAAGAGAUUCACUCAUUCAUCCACCGUACUGAGUCAUCAGCGAGUUCACACUGGGGAGAGGCCAUUCAUCUGCUCAGUCUGUGGGAAGAGAUUCACUCGGUCAUCCGACCUACAGAGUCACCAACGAGUUCACAUUAGGGAGAAGCCGUUCACUUGUUCAUUCUGUGGGAAGGGAUUCACUAAGUCAUCCACACUACAGAGUCACCAGCGAGUUCACACUGGAGAGAGGCCGUUCACCUGCUCAGUCUGUGGGAAAAGAUUCACUCAGUCAUCCAACCUACAGACUCAUCAGCGAGUUCACACUGGGGAGAAGCCGUUUACCUGCUCAGAAUGCGGGAAGAGAUUCACUCGCUCUUCCACCCUACAGAGACAUCAGCAAGUUCACACCGGGGAGAAGCCGUUCAUCUGUUCAUAAUUUGGGAAAGGAUUCACUCAGUCAUCCCAACUACUGGCACACCAGUCAGUUCACAAUGGGGAGAGGUCGUUAUUAUGAAUCCCUAGGUUUUGUUUGCUGUGGACUGUCAUUUUAAGAGAGAGAGAGACAGAAAUUAGGAUGGUGAGUCAGUCUGACUUGCAGGUUGUUUAAUUUGCUCACAGCUUGUUUUGUUUUAACUGAGGACAGAGACACUCAGACGGAGAGGAAGGAGGAAAAGUGGAAGGAUCGGAACCGGGGAACUAGUGGCUGAGGGUCACUGUUUGGAACUUUCCUGUGACCACAAGGGUGGGUUAAUUAUCGAUUCACCGUAUAUCGAAUGUGUGGUUAUCACCUCGUUUGAUCCAUAGGUGUGGAUCGGAUUUGGCGUAUCCUGUGAAGACCAGUUAUGUGUUAACCCUUUUCUGGGUUUGAUGUGAUAAUUCACUUGAAGAUGAUACCCCUUGUGACAAGUCACUUUCAGUGAUAAUUUGUAUGUGGAUUUGGAACGAUGAAGCAUAAAAUCUACAGCGACUGUUGUCUCGUUUUACCACAGUGGAGCCUGUGGAAUUCGACGUAAUUGCCUUCUCUCGCCAUUUACCCUGGAUUACAAAUAUCUCUCUCAUCACCUAUUCUGUGGUUAUACUGAACUUUCAUACUCUAACACAUCAAGACUUGAAGCCUUGUUUCCCCCAAGCUUAAUAGUUUGGAAGUUAUAUUUACACACAUAUAUACACAUAACUUCUGAUUAUCUUGCUUAAGUUACUGUAUUAUAACUAGAUUCUAAUAAAGAUCCUUUUAUCAUCAAAAACAGUCUUCAGGUGUCAUCUAUUGCUGCUGGUUCGUUUCUAAAGCGUUACGAUUCAUAACAAAAUUGGGGGUGUGUCCUGGAUAUGAACAGAUUUGGGAGCAUAUUGAUUGAUUAAUUAUUGAUUUCAUUGGGGAAAUCCCUUUUGAUUUAUUUGUGUGUGGAAUAUCAGCAUCAAUAGAUGUUGAUAGAUUUCCGGAAGCCUCAACCUCUGAGGCAUUAGAGGAUGCCAGUAGGAUUGAGUU